GGCGGCACUGUAGGUACCUGAAGAGGCGCUAACGCUGGUCUGGAUCCCGUAUCUCCAUGGAUGCCACCGUCCUCCACAGACUUGCGCAUAUCCAUCCCCCAUUCAUCUCCAUUUCCAGCUGACAUCAAAGAGAGAAAAGAUGACACAUCCCGCUGACGUUAGGAGUCGCCGAACUCAAUAUCCCAUCAUUUCCACUCAUCCCACACGCACUGGCAAGGCGGAUCACUGUUGACCUGACUAUUCCCCAGAUUUACACAACCCAUUUCGCCGACAAGCCCCCCUGUAGACCCAAAGGCACAUCCCUUGUCCAGUCCGGGCUGUACUUUCCAUAACUGACCGACACCCCAAACGGGAGUGCGAGUGUAUUAAAGACCAAGUCCCGUCCCGCGGUGGUGUUGUCUGCAUCCAAACAUCUCUAUCAUCAAGCUAGAUCAACACCACUCAGAAGACAGAUACAGCAACAUCCAAGAUGCCUGCUAUUCGACGAACCAGCAGUACAUGUACGGACGGGCCUCCGCAGCCGAGACAGCUGCCCGGGUCCGCCUGUGAGGAGUGCCGGAAGCGCAAGUUGCGAUGCGACCGGCAACGUCCCCAAUGCGGCACUUGCGCCGAUGCGGGAAUCGUAUGCGAAGUCAACCACAACCGUCUCGCCCGCGGGCCCAAGAAAGGCGAUCUCAAGGCCCUGCGGAGCCGCAUCGUCGCUCUUGAACGUCGUCUCAGUCUCGAUCCAACCAACCUCGAAGGCCUAUCCCUCCAUGGCGACGCCGACCUUUCACAACAUGCUCUUCCUGCCGGGAGCACACCACCACCAGGACCUGCCUCCGAUUCAGACCUCAGCCAACUUCCCUCACCACGAGGGAGGGGAUCGAUAUGGGAUGGACAGCUUUCCCCCAUGACACCACAGAUUCCUUUGUCCAUGCAGAACUUCAAGUUCCCUCCAUCACCACCAACACCACCAAAGCGCGCCUUGGUCAAUGAUCUCAUGCGCGCAGACCUCGACCAACUCUACUUCGAUCGCGUCCACCCCAACGCCCCCAUCUUCAACCAAUCCCGCUACUUUGCCCUCUCCCAACAAACACCACUCACCACCCACCACCACAACAGCGCCACCAACCCCCGCCUAUGUCUCCAAUACGCCAUGUGGACGUCCGCCAUGGCUUUGUCAUCGCAGUUCGAGUCCUACCGCGACACCCUCUACAAUGAAACCAAGCAGAUGCUCGAGUCGCUCGACAUGUACGAGAACCACCACUCGCACGAAAGCCCCGUUUGCAUCGAGGAGAUCCAAGCCUGGCUGCUCCUUGCCUUCUACGAGUUCGCCAGGACCAACUACAAGCGCGGAUGGGUGACGGCCGGCAGGGCGUUCAGGCUGGUUCAGCUGGCGAGAUUGCAUGAGAUUGAUAGCCCCGAGAGGUCGAUGCUGCAGCAGGGGGAGGAUCCGGUGGUGGUGGAGGAACGGAGGAGGACGUUUUGGGUGGCGUAUUGUUUGGAUCGGUUUAUCAGUUUGAAGAAUCAGUGGCCGUUGACGUUGGUGGAGGAGGUGAUCUGCACCCGCCUGCCCUCGCCCGAACUCUCCUUCCAAAGCGGCCAACCGAUCCAAAUGUGUUUCCUCUCCGAAGCCAUUGCCUCGGGCGACCACGGCCUGUUCUCUCCCCUCGCCGAGAGUGUCGUGCUCGCCACCGUCUGCGGCCGCACCCUCUCCCACACGCAGGUCGCCAACGUCGAGCGCACCUACGGCAGCACCUCGGCCGACUUUUGGAUCCGACACGAGUGGUUGGCGGGCAUGGUCAACAAGCGGCUGGAUUCUUUGAUCCAGAGCUACCCGGUUGUGUCGGCGGCGGCGGACCCGAUGCUCUUCUUUGCUUUCAUGCUUGCUCACACGACGACGAUCAACUUGUGCAAGGUGGUGGAGGCUGGCCAGGAGACAAACAGACAUGGACAGCAGUGUCAGUGGGAUCCGGCCGUGUUUGAGUACCAGAAGCGGGCGCUGAGGGCUGCGAGGGAGAUUGCGGCGUUGACCAAGGCUCAUGAGCAUCUUGGUUAUUUCAAGGCCCACAUCUUCCUCCCCCUCUCCAUCUCUCUCGCCGCCUCCCGCCUAAUAUCUCAACGCACCCAAACCCUCGCCGACCUCGCCGCCCAAGUGCCCGAGGGCUUCGUCCCCGCCACCGAAACCGAGUACGACAGUGAGAUCCAGUCCUGCAUGGACGCGCUACGAAAGAUGCAGACGUUCAAUAACCUGGCCAGGGAGCAUCUACAUACGCUGGGGAUUGUCCAGCAGCAACAACAACAACAACAACAACAACAACAACAACAACAACAACAACAACAACAACAACAUGCUCAACAGCAACAUCAUCAGCAUCAACAACAACAACAACAACAACAACACCAACAACAACAACAACAGACUCUUUUGAUGGGCCAUGUACCAAGUCAGAGUCACAGUCAUACUAGUCAUUCUAGUCAUUCUCUUAGUGUUUCACAUCAGCAUAUACCCCAGAUUCAACUUUGUACUUAUUAA